GCGGUGUUAUCGGCAGGAGGUGGAGAGUGGGCGGUGCUUGCGGUUGUGGUGCAGUGUGUGUCAGAGCCGGGAGCUGUGAAUGAGAAGGGAGCUGUGUGUGGAGAUGCGGCAGCCACGCUAGGCCCGAGCUCCGUCCCUCAGUGAAUUCCGCCAGAUCCUCAGGAACAGGCUGCCUCUCCUCAUCCUCUUGUGAAGUUCGACUCUCAUCCACUUGAAGGAGCUUUCGUGUACUGAUUGGGGAGCGCAGACUGCAGCACCAGCACUGGUUAUAGGUUGGCUGACAUGGGUAAUCUCAUUAAGGUGCUAACCAGAGACAUAGACCACAAUGCAGCCCAUUUUUUCUUGGAUUUUGAAAGUACCUUGUCAUGGGGAACCUUCUUAAAGUAUUGACUUGCACAGACCUUGAGCAGGGGCCAAAUUUUUUCCUUGAUUUUGAAAAUGCUCAGCCCAGCGAAUCCGAGAAGGCAGUGUAUAAUCAGGUGAAUGUAGUAUUAAAGGACGCAGAAGGGAUCCUGGAUCAUUUACAGUCCUACCGAGGGGCCGGCCAUGAAAUCCGGGAGGCCAUACAACAUGCUACUGAUGAGAAGCUGCAGGAGAAGGCUUGGGCGGCUGUGGUCCCACUCGUAGGGAAACUCAAGAAAUUCUAUGAAUUCUCUCAAAGGCUAGAGGCGGCAUUGCGGGGCCUUCUGGGAGCUCUGACCAGCACCCCAUACUCCCCAACACAGCACCUGGAGCGAGAGCAGGCUCUUGCCAAACAGUUUGCAGAAAUUCUCCACUUUACUCUGCGCUUCGAUGAGCUCAAGAUGACAAACCCUGCGAUACAGAAUGAUUUCAGUUACUACAGACGAACCCUGAGUCGCAUGAGGAUCAACAAUGUGCCAGCAGAGGGAGAAAACGAAGUCAAUAACGAACUGGCAAACAGAAUGUCUUUGUUCUACGCAGAAGCCACGCCCAUGCUUAAAACCUUAAGUGAUGCCACCACCAAGUUUGUAUCGGAGAACAAGAAUUUACCAAUAGAAAACACCACUGAUUGUUUAAGUACCAUGGCCAGCGUGUGCCGGGUAAUGCUGGAGACGCCAGAGUACAGAAGCCGCUUUACUAAUGAAGAGACGGUAUCGUUCUGUCUGAGAGUCAUGGUGGGAGUCAUCAUCCUCUACGACCAUGUGCACCCAGUGGGCGCUUUCGCAAAAACAUCAAAGAUUGAUAUGAAAGGUUGCAUUAAAGUUCUGAAAGAACAGCCUCCCAACAGUGUAGAAGGUCUUUUAAAUGCUCUCAGGUACACAACAAAACAUUUGAAUGAUGAGACUACCUCGAAGCAAAUCAAGACGAUGCUGCAAUAACGGCGCCACUAGAUUUGCACCUCCUGUGGUUAGAAGACAGUAUUCUGCAAUGACUGAGAUACACAGGAUUUUAGUGAUUGCAAUGACUUUCUCCCCCGCUGCUCCUUUUAUUUCCACCCCGGCUCUACCUUUUUGCCCUUCCUGCUCUCCCCUCCUUUUUAAACUGUAAUUCUUGUUCUUAAAUAAGCUCCAUCAUCUUCUUUUUUUUGUGCCAAAAUCAGUGAAAACUGAAAAUGCUAAAUCCUGGGAGGCAGUUGUACGCGUCAGAAUGGCGUUUCAGUGGCAGCUAUUUAAGCGUUGCGUUAGGUUUCCUCUGUAUGGAAGAGGGCUCUGUGACUUGAACUAAAUAUUUUUUUUUAAAGAAUUUCUUUUUUUUUUUUUCUUUUUAAAUUUUAUUUAGUUUUUUUGGGUUAAAGAAAACUUAAUAUUUAAUAUUAAUUACAGUGCAUGGCGGAAUUGGCUACUUCUGCUUUAAUGAAAAAGUUUAAAAAAAAAUUCUAUUGCCGCUUUUUUUUGCCCCAGAUAAGAAGGGCUUAUAGCACACGUGGUAUUUUGACCACCACCCCUUUUUAGUCCCAUUCAAAACGCCACCGCUUUGACGGUGAACCACAAAUUCUCAGAGAUCCUUGCCUGAACACCACUUUGGUGAGAAUCCCUGGGAAAUCUUGGGUGCUAAAGUGGUUCCCAUUGAAGCUCUUGAGGGCAAUCUCUGCAAAUCGAGGUGUGCGUUACCCUGUUUUAUUUGGGCAAAACCACAAUUACGUUGGACCCAUUGCGUUGACUGGAUGACUUGAGGGUUCCCAUAGAUCCUUACCAAAAACCACACAUGUGCCUGGUUUCUAGUAAGAAUCAAUGUUGAUACAAUUAUCAUUUAAUCAUCUCCGAAACGUUAUGACAUAUGAUGGAUGUCACAUGCUUUUACUUGGUCAACCAUAAGUGGCGGGCCUCUAAAGAUAGAGACCUAAGAGUUUUUAGAGAAGCUUGUCUAAAAUUACUGGCAAGUCUUGCAUGUUAGCUUGAUUCCCAAAAAUCAUACAUUUGCUUUCAGGUGACAUGAUUUCUGUUGAGGCACUAGAGGGUGAUCUCUGGAAAGUUGUGACAAAUUAUGCUACCUUGUUUUUCUUUUUACUUGGCCAAAACCACAGGAGUGGAGGCCUUAAAAAUGGUCAGGGUUUACAGAGAUCAUUAAUUAAAAUAACAAAUAUUCCUGGUUUCUGGUUGGGAUUGAUGUUGAGGUGAUCCCCACUGGAGCUUUGUGAGGCAUCUCCAAAAAGUCAUGGCAGAUAAUGACCCUUCUUUCUUGGUCAAAUCCACAAGUGGGGCUUUAAGAAAUAGUCAAAUAAGAGUUCCCAUAGAUCCUUGACUAAAAUCACAUAUAUACCUGGUUUCUGAUUGGGAUUGAUGUUGAGGUGAUCCCCCUCUGGGAGGCAUCUCCAGAAAGUCAUGGCAGUUCAUGACCCUUCUUUCUUGGUCAAAGCCUCAAGUGGGGCUUUUAGAAAUGGUCAAAUGAGAGCUCCCAUAGAUCCUUGACUAAAAUCACACAUAUACCUGGUUUCUGAUUGGGAUUGAUGUUGAGGUGAUCCCCACUGGAGCUCUGGGAGGCAUCUCUAGAAAGUCAUGGCAGUUGACCCUACUUUCUUGGUCAAAUCCGCAAGUAGGGCUUUUAGAAAUGGUCAAAUGAGAGGUUACAGAGAUUAUUGACUAAAAUCACACAUAUACUUGGUUUCUGGUUGGGAUUGAUGUUGAGGUGAUCCACACUGGAGCUCUGGGAGGUAUCCCCAUAAAGUCAUGGCAGAUGCUGACCCCUUUUUUUUUUUUUUUGGUCAAAACCACAAGUGGAGUCCUUCAAAAAUGGCAGAAUGAGAGUUCCGGAAGAUCCUUGUCCAAAAGCACACAUAUACAUGGUUUCUGGUGAGAAUCAAUGCUGAUACCAUUCCCUUUAAAGCACCUGAAGGUGAUCUCCAGAACCUCAUGGCGUAUGACGCCACACCCUUUUUCUAAAAACUUUGGUCAGAACCCCACCUGGGCUAUUAGCCUACAAGAACGAGCAGAUUUGUUUGUUAGCCGUGUUGUAUAAAUUACAAAGAAAACAAAAUGGUACCCAGCACAAGGAUUUUCAUGGAUUCCUUAGUAAAGCAAAGUUUUCUGGUUGAAUUUGGACUCAUUUUUGUAAGGAUGUAUGUUGUAUGUUUUAAUCUUUGAUGACUAACAUUAAACCAUGUGAUGUGUGCGUAACGAUUACGUAUGCAUGUUUAUGUCCAAUGGAUGGCUGUAAACAAACAAAUAAAUAAAAAUCAGCUUUCAUUUUU